CAGUGCCUGAUUUUUCUAUUUCUUUUUUCUCCAGUUUAUCCGCGCGUUCUUUUUUUUAAACUUCCCCCAAAGUUUUCGUCAUGGCGAUCAGUCCGACUGACUUUGUGCCAUCAGUAACCACACCGUUGUUGGGUAACGGCCCUCAGCGACGCCACGUACAACGUGUGCCGACCUUUUUUACCACCUCCAUUCCGAAUCGACGUUCAAUUCUUCGAGCUUUCACCAGCAUCGCUGUUCAUAUGCUCUUUGAGCUGGUGCUUCCUAUUGCUUUGUACUAUGUGCUACGAUUGUUUGUGUCGCCAUUGCUCUCCUUGCUCAUUGCUGGACUGCCUCCAGCUUUGAUAGUCAUCGUUAAAGGAUUCCGAGAACGAAAAACCGAUAUGACCGGCGUACUGAUGCUCCUCGGUUUCGCGGUAUCGGCGGUAUUGGCGGUGGUUCAGUCGGAUCCCAAAUUGUACUUGUUGCGUGAGUCCGCCAUGACUUUGGCAAUGGGUUUGAUGUUGUUGGCUACUUUGAUUCCUUUCCGGUGGCGCCAUCAUGUGUUACGUCCUUUCAUGUUCUAUGUGGCUCGCCAAAUUGCCUUAUCGAGCACCAUCAUAUUGCACCCUUCCACCGUGCGUGAACAUUGGAGUUGGUUCUGGGACUACUGGUCUUCGUUUCGCCUCUUUUUCCGUACCUUGACUGGUAUCUGGGGAUUGGGCUUGGUCAGCGAGUUCGUUGUUCGCGUCGCACUGAUCGAAUGGGUUGAUGAUGUCGAUGACGUUAUUUACUACUCCAAUCUGUAUAUGUUUGUCGUACUAGGCUUGUUGGCUGUAUUAACCUUGGCAAGUACUCUAUCUUUACGCCAUUUGUAUAACCUCAAGCAAGGACGGGCCAAAGUAAACGAGCGACGAUCAGAAAUUGAAAGCAUUAUUGCUCGAGCGGCGGCAGAACAGUCCCAUGUAUCCUGAGAAAAAGGCGCGCUUCCUUCUCCCCACUAGUUGCCAGAUUUCAUUGUCACGCAUUUGUAUAGCUUUUUACAUAGGCUGUAUGAACCCUAAGAUGACAAAGAAUACAUAUACCAGAGCGAUAAAAAAAUGCUCAUUCAACC